UGGGGGGGGGGGAGGGUGGCCACUCCGACCUGGAUUUACCGUUCUUGGCCCCCCUUAGGCCCCCCCGUGCGGGGGGCGGCAGUGAUCGCUCUGGCGGUUGGAGGUCGGGGAGCGGCCCGGGCUCUGGCCAUGUUCUCGGAUGAGGAUUUCUGGAUCGCCCUGUGAAGAGGUCUCCCCGAGAGGGCCCUGCCCAGUCGGAGAGAGGGAUGGACAGCCAGAAGCCGUCUGGGGAGGAUAAAGAUUCAGAACCAGCAGCUGAUGGGCCUGCAGCCUCCAAGGAGUCGGGCACUGCUGAGGCAGACCUUCCCCACGCACAUGUUGGGGAGGUCUCUGUCCCCAUUUCUGGGGGCCCCAGGCUUCAGGAACCUUCCCAGGACUGCAGUGGGGGUCCAGCACGACGCUGUGCUCUUUGUAACUGUGGGGAGCCCAGUCUGCAUGGGCAGCGGGAGCUGCGGCGCUUUGAGUUGCCCUUUGACUGGCCCCGGUGUCCAGUGGUGUCUCCUGGGGAAAACCCAAGGCCUGAUGCACCAGCAUUGCCCAGUGAAGACCUAUCACAGAUUGGCUUCCCUGAGGGCCUGACACCUGCUCAUCUAGGAGAGCCUGGAGGGCCUUGCUGGGCUCACCAUUGGUGUGCUGCGUGGUCAGCAGGCGUGUGGGGGCAGGAGGGCCCAGAACUAUGUGGUGUGGACAAGGCCAUCUUCUCAGGGAUCUCACAGCGCUGCUCCCACUGCACCAGGCUUGGAGCCUCCAUUCCUUGCCGCUCGCCCGGAUGUCCACGGCUUUACCACUUCCCCUGUGCAGCUGCCAGUGGCUCCUUCUUAUCCAUGAAGACACUGCAGCUGCUAUGCCCAGAGCACAGUGAGGGGGCCAGACAUCUGGAGGAGGCUCGCUGUGCAGUGUGUGAGGGACCAGGGACGCUGUGUGACCUGUUCUUCUGUACCAGCUGUGGGCAUCACUUCCAUGGGGCCUGCCUGGAUACCGCUCUGACUGCCCGUAAACGUGCUGGCUGGCAGUGCCCUGAAUGCAAAGUGUGCCAAGCCUGCAGGAAACCUGGGAAUGACUCUAAGAUGUUGGUGUGUGAGACGUGUGACAAAGGGUAUCACACCUUCUGCCUCAACCCACCCAUGGAGGAACUGCCUGCCCACUCCUGGAAGUGUAAGGCUUGCCGAGUGUGCCGGGUCUGUGCAGCAGGCUCAGCAGAGCUGAACCCCAACUCGGAAUGGUUUGAGAACUACGCACUCUGUCACCGCUGUCACAAAGCCCAGGGAGGUCAGCCUGUUGGUCCUGAUGCUGAGCAGCAUCCCCCUAUCAGUCGCAGAUUCUCAUCCCCAGAACCUGGCGAUACCCCCCUUGAUGAGCCCAAUGCCCUGUACGUUGCAUGCCAAGGGAAGCCAAAGGGUGGGCACCUGACCUCUAUGCAAUCCAAGGACCGGGGCCCCCUGCAAUGUGAAGCCAAACCACUAGGGAGAACAGGGGCCCAACUUGAGCCCCAGUUGGAGGCCCCCCUAAAUGAGGAGAUGCCACUGCUGCCCCCACCUGAGGAGUCGCCCCUGUCCCCACCACCUGAGGAAUUACCCACAUCCCCGCCACCUGAGGCAUCACUCUCGCGCCUGUCCCCGCCGCCUGAGGAGUCACCCCUCUCUCCACCGCCUGAGGAGUCUCCCCUACCUCCCCUACCUGAAUCAUCACCUUCCUCUCCACUGGAGGAGUCACCCUUCUCUCCACCCGAGGAAUCUCCUCCAUCCCCCGAAGCAGAGACCCCCCUGUCCCCACCAUCGGAAUCAUCACCUCUGCCCCCACCAUUAGAGGAGUCUCCUCUGUCCCCCCCACCUGAGGAGUUGCCCACUUCCCCACCGCCUGAAGCAUCUCGCCUAUUCCCACCACCCGACGAGUCACCCAUGUCUCCGCCACCCGAAGACUCACCCACAUCUCCACCACCUGAGGCCUCGCGCCUGUUCCCACCAUUUGAAGAGUCUCCCCUGUCCCCUCCACCCGAGGAGUCUCCUCUCUCCCCACCACCUGAGGCAUCGCGCCUGUCCCCACCUCCUGAGGAUUCGCCCAUGUCCCCACCACCAGAAGACUCACCUAUGUCCCCUCCACCUGAAGUGUCACGCCUUUCUUCCCUGCCUGUGGCAUCUCAUCGAUCUCCGGCACCUGAGGAAUCUCCCCUGUCCCCACCACCUGAGGACUCCCCCACAUCCCCCCCACCCGAGGCUUCGCGCCUGUCCCCACCACCUGAGGACUCCCCCACAUCCCCACCACCUGAGGCUUCGCGCCUGUCCCCGCCACUUGAGGACACCCCCACUCCCCAGCUGCCUGAGGACUCCCCCGCUUCCCCACCACCAGAGGACUUGCCCACGCCCCUGCCGCUGGAAGAGUCACCCCUGUUGCCACUGCCUAAAGAGCUGCGUGCCUGCCCCCGGCCUGAGGAUCCCCAAUUCUUCCUUCGGCCUGAGGAGCCAAGCCUGUCUACUGUGGCUGAGGAGCUGCGCCCGGACCCCCAUCCUGAGGAGCCACCUCCGCCCCUGGCACCUGAGGAGCUGCGCCUGUUGCCAGCACCUGAGGAGUCACAUCUCUCCCCCCGGCCCAAGGAGCCGUGCCUGUCCACUCUCGCUACAGAGCCACACCAGAUCCCCCGGCCUGAGGAGCCAGGCCUGUGCUCUGCCCCUGAAGAACUGCCCUUGUUACCGCCGCCUGAGCAACCACCUUUGUCCCCUGUGCUUGGAGAGCCGGCCCUGUCUGAGCCUGGGGGGCCACCCCUGUCCCCUCUGCCUGAGGAUCUGCCCAUGUCCCCAGCUGGGGAGCCGCCCUUGCCGCCUCCGCUGGUACCACCAGAUCCUCUUCCUCCUCCGCUCUCCCCCAUCAUCACAACUGUGGCCCCGCCGGCCCUGUCUCCUCUGGGGGAGUUAGAGUACCCCUUUGGUGCCAGAGGGGAGAGUGACUCUGAGUCGCCAUUAGCCGCCCCCAUCCUAGAGACACCCAUCAGCCCUCCACCAGAAGCGAAUUGCACUGACCCCGAACCUGUCCCUCCUAUGAUCCUUCCCCCAUCUCCAGGCUCCCCCAUGGGAGGACCAGUCUCACCCAUUCUGAUGGAGCCCCUGCCUCCUCAGUGUUCUCCACUCCUCCAGCGUUCCUCGCCCCUCCAGAGCCCCCCUCUUUCCCAGUGCUCCCCUCCCGCUCCACCACUGUUGAUCCCCUCCCCCCUGAGCCCCGUAGAGAACUCGGUAGAGGUCCCCAGUGAGGCAGGGCCCCAGGACAUGGAGACUGAGAAGGCCCCAGAGCCAGAGUGCCCAGCUUUGGAGCCCAGCCCCACCAGUCCUCUCCCCUCCCCAAUGGAGGACCUCUCCUGCCCUGCCCCCAGCCCAGCCCCAGUGCUGGAUGACCUCUCUGGCUUGGGGGAAGACACAGCCCCUCUGGAGGGGACAGACACUCCUGGUUCACAGCCAGAAGCUGGACAGACCCCUAGCUGUUCGACGGCUUGUGAACUUAAGGGUUCUCCUGUGCUUCUGGACCCUGAGGAGCUGGCCCCUGUGACCCCUAUGGAGGUCUACGGCCCAGAGGGCAAGCCCGCAGGACAGAGCUCCCCCUGUGAGAUGCAGGAGGAGCCGCGGGCCCCCGUGGCACCCACCCCGCCUGCUCUCAUCAAGUCCGACAUCGUCAACGAGAUUUCCAAUCUGAGCCAGGGGGAUGCCAGUGCAAGUUUUCCGGGCUCAGAGCCUCUGCUGGGCUCGCCUGACCCCGAGGGUGGCGGGUCCCUGUCCAUGGAGCUGGGGGUCUCUACAGAUGUUAGCCCCGCCCGAGAUGAGGGUUCCUUGCGGCUCUGCACUGACUCGCUGCCAGAGACGGAUGACUCGCUGUUGUGUGAAGCUGGGACAAAUGUUUGUGGAGGCAAAGCUGAGGGGGACAAGGGGAGGCGGCGCAGUUCCCCCGCACGUUCCCGCAUCAAGCAGGGACGCAGCAGUAGUUUUCCAGGAAGACGCCGGCCACGUGGAGGAGCACAUGGAGGACGUGGGAGAGGACGGGCCCGGCUAAAAUCAACUACUUCUUCCAUUGAGACUCUGGUAGUUGCUGAUAUCGAUAGUUCUCCCAGCAAAGAGGAAGAGGAAGAAGACGACGACACCAUGCAGAACACCGUGGUUCUCUUCUCCAACACUGACAAAUUUGUCCUGAUGCAGGAUAUGUGUGUGGUAUGCGGCAGCUUUGGCCGGGGCGCCGAGGGCCACCUCCUUGCCUGUUCGCAGUGCUCUCAGUGCUACCACCCUUACUGUGUUAACAGCAAGAUCACCAAAGUGAUGCUGCUGAAGGGCUGGCGGUGCGUGGAGUGCAUUGUGUGCGAGGUAUGCGGCCAGGCCUCGGACCCCUCCCGCCUGCUGCUCUGUGACGACUGUGACAUCAGCUACCACACAUACUGCCUGGACCCCCCACUGCUCACCGUGCCCAAAGGUGGCUGGAAGUGCAAGUGGUGUGUCUCCUGUAUGCAGUGUGGGGCUGCUACCCCUGGCUUCCACUGUGAAUGGCAGAAUAGUUAUACACACUGCGGGCCCUGUGCUAGCCUGGUGACCUGCCCCAUCUGUCAUGCCCCAUACGUGGAGGAGGACCUACUCAUCCAGUGCCGCCACUGUGAACGGUGGAUGCACGCUGGCUGUGAGAGCCUCUUCACAGAGGAGGAGGUGGAGCAGGCUGCAGAUGAGGGCUUUGACUGUGUCUCCUGCCAGCCCUACGUGGUAAAGCCUGUGGCUCCUGUUGCUCCUCCAGAGCUGGUGCCUAUGAAGGUGAAAGAGCCAGAGCCUCAGUAUUUUCGCUUCGAGGGUGUGUGGCUGACGGAAACUGGCAUGGCUGUACUGCGCAACCUGACCAUGUCCCCCCUGCACAAGCGGCGCCAGCGGCGGGGGCGGCCUGGCCUGCCAGGCGAGGUGGGGCUGGACGGUUCUGAGCCCUCGGAUGCCAUUGGCCCCGAUGACAAGAAGGAUGGAGACCUGGACACGGAUGAGCUGAUCAAGGGUGAAGGGGGGGUGGAACACAUGGAGUGCGAGAUUAAACUGGAGGGCCCCGCCAGCCCGGAUGUAGAGCCCGGCAAGGAGGAGACUGAGGAAAGCAAAAAGCGCAAGCGCAAACCAUACCGACCUGGCAUCGGUGGCUUCAUGGUGCGACAGCGGAAGUCCCAUACACGUAUGAAAAAGGGGCCUGCGGCCCAGGCGGAGGUGUUGAGUGGUGAUGGGCAGCCGGACGAGGUGAUCCCGGCCGACCUGCCUGCAGAGGGCACCGUGGAGCAGAGCUUGGCUGAUGGGGAUGAGAAGAAGAAGCAGCAGCGCCGUGGACGCAAGAAGAGCAAGCUCGAGGACAUGUUCCCUGCCUACCUGCAGGAGGCCUUCUUUGGGAAGGAGCUGCUGGACCUGAGCCGGAAGGCCCUCUUUGCAGUUGGGGUGAGCCGGCCAGGAUUUGGACUGGGAACCCCCAAAGCCAAAGGGGAUGGGGGCCCAGAAAGGAAGGAGCCCCCCACCUUGCAGAAAGGAGAUGAUGGUCCAGACGUUGCAGAUGAAGAAUCCCGUGGCCUUGAGGGCAAGGCUGAUACACCAGGACCCGAGGAUGGGGGCGUAAAGGCAUCCCCAGUGCCCAGUGACCCUGAGAAGCCAGGCACCCCGGGUGAAGGGAUGCUUAGCUCUGAUUUAGACAGGAUCCCCACAGAAGAACUGCCCAAGAUAGAAUCCAAGGACCUGCAGCAGCUCUUCAAGGAUGUUCUGGGUUCAGAACGAGAGCAGCACCUGGCCUGUGGGACCCCUGGCCUGGAUGGCAGCCGCACCCCGCUGCAGAGACCCUUUCUCCAAGGAGGACUCCCUUUGGGCAAUCUCCCUUCCAACAGCCCAAUGGAUUCCUACCCUGGCCUCUGCCAGUCCCCAUUUUUGGAUAGUAGGGAGCGCGGGGGCUUCUUCAGCCCGGAACCCGGGGAGCCAGACAGCCCAUGGACGGGUUCAGGGGGCACCACGCCCUCUACCCCCACCACCCCCACCACAGAAGGUGAGGGCGACGGGCUCUCCUACAACCAGCGGAGUCUUCAGCGCUGGGAGAAAGACGAGGAGUUGGGCCAGCUCUCCACCAUCUCGCCUGUGCUCUAUGCCAACAUUAACUUUCCCAAUCUGAAGCAAGAUUACCCAGACUGGUCAAGCCGGUGUAAACAGAUCAUGAAGCUCUGGAGGAAGGUUCCAGCUGCUGACAAAGCUCCCUACCUGCAAAAGGCCAAAGAUAACCGGGCGGCUCACCGCAUUAACAAGGUGCAGAAGCAGGCUGAGAGCCAGAUCAACAAGCAGACCAACAAGGUGGGCGACAUAGCCCGCAAGACUGACCGACCGGCCCUACAUCUCCGCAUUCCCCCUCAGCCUGGGGCACUGGGCAGUCCGCCCCCCGCUGCUGCCCCCACCAUUUUCAUUGGCAGUCCCACUACCCCCGCCGGCUUGUCUACCUCUGCGGACGGGUUUCUGAAGCCACCGGCAGGCACUGUGCCCGGCCCCGACUCGCCCGGUGAGCUCUUCCUCAAGCUCCCGCCCCAGGUGCCCGCCCAAGUGCCUUCGCAGGACCCCUUUGGACUGACCCCCGCCUACACCCUGGAGCCCCGCUUCCCCACGGCACCACCUGCCUACCCCCCCUAUCCCAGCCCGACUGGGGCUCCUGCACAGCCCCCGACGAUGGGCGCCUCAUCUCGUGCUGGGGCUGGACAGCCAGGGGAAUUCCAAACGACUCCACCCGGCACCCCCCGGCACCAGCCUUCCACACCUGACCCCUUCCUCAAACCCCGCUGUCCCUCACUGGACAGCCUGCCCGUGCCUGAGAGCCCAGGGGGAGGGGCAGGGGGAGGCAAGGCUUCUGAGUCCCUGCUCUCACCCCCACCUUUCACGGAGACCCGGAAGGCUCUGGAGGUGAAGAAGGAAGAGCUUGGGGGCACCUCUCCUAGCUAUGGGCCCCCAAACCUGGCCUUUGUUGACUCACCCUCCUCAGGCCCCCACCUAGGUGGCCUGGAGUUAAAGGCGCCUGAUGUCUUCAAAGCCCCUCUCACCCCUCGGGCAUCUCAGGUAGAGCCCCAGAGCCCAGGCUUGGGCCUGCGGCCCCAGGAGCCGUCCCCUGCCCAGGCUCUGGCCCCUUCUCCCCCCAGCCACCCAGAUAUCUUCCGUCCUGGCCCUUACCCUGACCCGUAUGCCCAGCACCCCCUGACGCCUCGGCCCCAGCCACCACCCCCUGAGAGCUGCUGUGCCCUGCCCCCGCGCUCGUUGCCCUCUGACCCUUUCUCCCGAGUUCCCGCCAGUCCUCAGUCCCAGUCCAGCUCCCAGUCUCCACUGACACCCCGCCCCUUGUCUGCUGAGGCUUUCUGCCCCUCUCCCGUUACCCCUCGCUUCCAGUCCCCUGACCCCUAUUCUCGCCCACCCUCACGCCCUCAGUCCCGAGACCCAUUUGCCCCGUUGCAUAAGCCGCCCCGGCCCCAGCCCCCUGAAGUUGCCUUCAAGGCUGGGCCUCUAGCCCACACUCCGCUGGGGGCUGGGGGCUUCCCAGCAGCCCUGCCCUCAGGGCCGGCAGGUGAGCUCCAUGCCAAGGUCCCAAGUGGGCAGCCCCCUAACUUUGCCCGGUCCCCUGGGACAGGUGCAUUUGUGGGCACCCCCUCUCCCAUGCGAUUUACUUUCCCUCAGGCAGUAGGGGAGUCUUCCCUAAAGCCCCCUGCCCCUCAGUCUGGCCUCCCUCCACCCCCCCAUGGGAUCAAUAGCCAUUUGGGGCCUGGAACCACCUUGGGCAAGCCCCAAAGCACAAACUACGCCGCAGCCACAGGGAACUUUCACCCGUCAGGCAGCCCCCUGGCGCCCAGCAGUGGGUGCACAGGAGAGGGCUAUGGGCUGGCCCCACUCCGACCCCCAUCCGUCCUGCCACCACCGGCACCAGACGGACCCCUCCCCUACCUGUCUCACGGAGCCUCGCAGCGGGCAGGGAUCACCUCUCCAGCCGAGAAGCGAGAAGACCCAGGGGCUGGAAUGGGCAGCUCCGUAGCGGCACCUGAACUCCCAGGUGCCCAGGAUUCAGGCAUGCCCAGCCUCAGCCAGACAGAGCUGGAGAAGCAACGGCAGCGCCAGCGGCUACGGGAGCUGCUGAUUCGGCAGCAGAUCCAGCGCAACACCCUGCGGCAGGAGAAGGAAACAGCUGCGGCAGCUGCAGGGGCAGUGGGGCCCCCAGGCAACUGGGGCGCUGAGCCCAACAGCCCUGCCUUUGAGCAGCUGAGUCGAGGCCAGACUCCCUUCACUGGGGCCCAGGACAAGAGCAGCCUUGUGGGACUGCCCCAGAGCAAGCUGGUUGGGCCUGUCCUGGGGCCAGGGGCCUUCCCCAGUGAUGACCGGCUCUCCCGGCCACCUCCACCAGCCACCCCUUCCUCUAUGGAUGUGAGCAGCCGACAACUGGUGGGAGGAUCCCAGGCCUUCUAUCAGCGAGCGCCCUAUCCUGGGCCCCUACCCUUGCAACAGCAGCAGCAGCAACUGUGGCAGCAGCAGCAAGCAACAGCAGCCACCUCCAUGCGACUUGCAAUGUCCACUCGCUUUCCGUCAGCUCCCGGGCCUGAACUUGGCCGCCAAGCCCUAGGUUCUUCCCCCUUGACAGGACUUCCCACCCGCUUUCCUGGACCUGGUGACCCAGUGCCUGGUCCACCCGGUCCCGCCCAGUUCAUUGAGUUGCGGCACAAUGUGCAAAAAGGACUAGGCCCUGGGGGUCCUCCAUUUCCUGGCCAAGGCCCUCCUCAAAGACCCCGUUUUUACGCUGUAAGUGAGGAUCCCCACCGACUGGUCCCGGAAGGACUUCGAGGCCUGGCAGCAUCAGGGCUUCCUCCCCAGAAACCCUCAGCCCCGCCAGCCACUGAAUUGAGCAACAGCCUCCAUCCCACGCCCCACACCAAGGGCCCCCCUCUGUCCACAAGCUUGGAGCUGGUCAGCCGGCCCCCUUCGAGCACUGAACUUAGCCGCCCCCCUCCUCUGGCCCUGGAAGCUGGAAAGCUACCCUGUGAGGAUUCUGAGCUGGAUGAUGACUUCGAUGCCCACAAGGCCUUAGAGGAUGAUGAGGAGCUUGCUCACCUAGGCCUGGGAGUGGACGUAGCCAAGGGUGAUGAUGAGCUGGGCACCCUGGAACACCUGGAGACGAACGACCCCCACCUAGACGACCUGCUCAACGGAGGCGAGUUUGACCUCCUGGCCUACACUGACCCUGAGCUGGACACGGGGGACAAGAAGGACAUUUUCAAUGAGCAUCUGAGGCUAGUGGAGUCUGCCAAUGAAAAGGCUGAGCGAGAGGCCCUGCUGCGGGGGGUGGAGCCAGGACCCUUGUGCCCCGAGGAGCGUCCUGCCCCUCCCCCUGAUGCCUCUGAGUCUCGCCUGGCACCAGGGCUCCCUGAAGUGAAGACUAAGGUGGAGGAAGGUGGGCGCCACCCUUCCCCUUGCCAGUUCACCAUCACCACCCCAAAGGUUGAGCCAGCACCUGUCCCAGCUCCUCUGGGUCCGGGGCUGAAGCCAGGACAGAAUGUGAUAAGCAGCCGGGACACAAGGAUAGCUGCAGGCCCCUUUCCCAGCAGUGGGCACCCAAGUGAAAAGGGCCCCUUUGGGGCCACAGGAGGACCACCAGCCCACCUACUGGCCCCCAGCCCAUUGAGUGGCCCAGGAGGGUCCUCCCUGCUGGAAAAGUUUGAGCUGGAGAGUGGGAGCCUGGCUCUGCCUGGUGGACACACAGCAUCGGGGGAUGAGCUGGACAAAAUGGAGAGCUCCCUGGUGGCCAGUGAGCUGCCCCUGCUCAUUGAGGACCUUUUGGAGCAUGAGAAGAAGGAACUGCAGAAGAAGCAGCAGCUUUCGGCACAGCUGCAGCCUGCCCAGCAGCAACAGCAGCAGGAGCAGCAGCAGCAGCAGCAGCAUUCUCUCCUGUCCACAUCUGCCACAGCCCAGGCCAUGCCUUUACCACAUGAGGGCUCUUCUCCCAAUUUGGCUGGACCCCAACAGCAGCUUGCCCUUGGUCUUGGAGGCACACGACAGCCAGGCUUGGCCCAGCCACUGAUGCCCACCCAGCCAUCACCUCAUGCCCUCCCACAGCGCCUGGCCCCCUCCAUGGCCAUGGUGUCCAACCAAGGGCAUAUGCUAAGUGGACAGCAUGGAGGGCAAGCAGGAUUGGUAUCCCAGCAAAACCCACAGUCAGUGCUGACCCAGAAGCCCAUGAGCACUGUGCCACCUUCCAUGUGCAUGAAGCCCCAGCAGCUGGCAAUGCAGCAGCAGCUGGCCAACAGCUUCUUCCCAGACACAGACCUAGACAAAUUUGCUGCAGAAGAUAUUAUUGAUCCGAUUGCAAAAGCCAAAAUGGUGGCUUUGAAAGGCAUCAAGAAAGUGAUGGCGCAGGGCAGCAUUGGAGUGGCCCCGGGUAUGAACAGGCAGCAAGUGUCACUGCUAGCCCAGCGACUCUCAGGGGGUCCUGGCAAUGACCUGCAGAACCAUGUGGCAGCUGGGAGUGGCCAAGAGCGCAGUGCCAGUGAUCCCUCCCAGCCUCGUCCCAACCCACCCACGUUUGCUCAGGGGGUGAUCAAUGAGGCUGACCAGCGGCAGUAUGAAGAGUGGCUGUUCCACACCCAACAGCUCCUACAGAUGCAGCUGAAGGUGCUAGAGGAGCAGAUUGGCGUACACCGCAAGUCCCGGAAGGCUCUGUGCGCCAAGCAGCGCACCGCCAAAAAGGCUGGCCGGGAGUUUCCAGAGGCUGAUGCUGAGAAGCUCAAGCUGGUCACCGAGCAGCAAAGCAAGAUCCAGAAACAGCUGGACCAGGUUCGAAAGCAACAGAAGGAGCACACUAAUCUCAUGGCCGAGUACCGGAAUAAGCAGCAGCAGCAACAGCAGCAGCAGCAACUGUGGCAGCAGCAGCAACAACAGCACAAUGCCGUGCUGGCCCUCAGCCCUUCUCAGAGUCCCCGGCUACUCACCAAGCUUCCUGGUCAGCUGCUCCCAGGCCAUGGGCUGCAGCCACCUCAGGGACCCCUGGGUGGACAAGGUGGUGGUCUUCGCCUGCCCCCUGGGGGCAUGGCGCUACCUGGACAACCAGGGGGCCCUUUUCUCAACUCAGCCCUGGCGCAGCAGCAGCAGCAGCAACACUCUGGUGGGGCUGGUGCCCUGGCUGGUCCCUCUGGUGGCUUCUUCCCUGGCAACCUUGCUCUUCGGGGCCUGGGACCUGAUUCAAGGCUCUUACAGGAAAGGCAGCUGCAGCUUCAGCAGCAGCGCAUGCAGCUGGCCCAGAAACUGCAGCAGCAGCAGCAACAGCAGCACCUUCUAGGACAGGCCCAGCAACAGCAGCAGCAGCAACAACAGGGCCCAGGGGCACAGACAAAUCAGGCCCUGGGUCCUAAGACCCCAGGACUUCCUAAUAGCCACCAGGGCCUCUUGGUCCAACAGCUGUCUCCUCAGCCACCCCAGGGACCCCAGGGCAUGCUGGGCCCUGCCCAGGUGGCAGUGUUGCAGCACCAGCAGCAGCAGCAUCCUGGAGCUUUGGCCCCUCAGGGCCCUCACAGACAGGUACUUCUGACCCAGCCUCGGAUGCUGAGUUCUCCCCAGCUGUCACAGCAGGGUCAAGGCCUUAUGGGACACCGACUGGUCACAUCCCAGCAACACCAACAGCAGGGGCCCAUGGCAGGGCUCUCACAUCUUCAGCAGGGUCUGAUGCCACAUAGCGGGCAGCACAAACUGAGCACACAGCCCAUGGGCUCCCUACAGCAGCAGCAGCUUCAGCAACACCAGUUUCAGCAGCAACAACUGCAACAACAGCAGCUACAACAGCAGCAACUACAGCAACAGCAGCAGCAGCAGCAGCAGCAGCUUCAACUACAGCAACAACAGAUACAACAGCAGCAGCAACUACAGCAACAGCAGCAGCAGCAGCAGCAGCAGCAGCAGCAGCAGGUGCAGCAGCAGCAACUUCAGCAGCAGCAGGUGCAGCAACAGCAAUUUCAACAGCAGCAGCAGAUGAGCCUCUUGAACCAGAGUCGAACUUUAUUGUCUCCUCAACAGCAGCAACAGCAGGCGACACUAGGCCCUGGCAUGCCAGCCAAGCCUCUUCAACACUAUUCGAGCCCUGGAGCCCUGGGCCCACCCCUCCUCCUGACUAGCAAGGAACAAGGCAUUGUAGAGACGGCUCUACCUCCAGAGGUCACUGAGGGACCCUCAACACAUCAGGGAGGCCCAUUGACAGCAGGGACUACACCCGAAUCCGUGGCCGCUGAACCAGGAGAAAUAAAGCCCCCACUCUCUGGUGACUCUCAAGUCCUGCUUGUCCAACCCCAGGCCCAGCCUCAGCCCAACUCUCUGCAGUUCCAGCCCCCCCUGAGGCUCCCAGGACAGCAGCGGCAGCAAGUGAACUUACUCCACACAGCAGGUGGUGGAAGUCACGGGCAGCUAGGCAGCGGAGCAGCUGAGGCGGCCUCCUCUGUGCCCCACCUGCUGUCCCAACCCUCUGUUUCCUUAGGGGAGCAGCAGAAUUUUCUGGGUCCCCAACAUACCCUUGGGCUAGAGAGGCCCAUGCAAAGUAACAUAGGGCCACUGCCGCCCAAACCAGGACCUGUCCCUCAGGGUGGGGCAGGAGCCAUGCCUACAGUGGGUCAGCUUCGAGCACAGCUCCAGGGAGUUCUGGCCAAAAACCCACAGCUGCGCCAUUUGAGUCCCCAGCAGCAGCAGCAGCUACAAGCGCUUCUUAUGCAGCGCCAGUUGCAGCAGAGCCAGGCUGUGCGCCAGGCCCCACCCUACCAGGAGCCGGGGACCCAGCCCUCUCCCCUCCAGGGCCUCCUAGGCCGCCAACCCCAGCUUGGGAGCUUCCCUGGAUCCCAAGCAGGCCCUCUCCAGGAGCUAGGGGCAGGGCCUCGACCUCAGGGCCCACCCCGGCUCCCUGCCCCACAAGGAGCCUUAUCAGCAGGGCCAGUCCUCGGCCCUGUCCAUCCCACACCACCACCUUCCAGCCCCCAAGAGCCAAAGAAACCUUCCCCACAAUUACCUGCCCCCAGCCCCCAGCUCCCCUCUGAGGGCCAGCUCACACCUACCCAGCCAGGGACCCCAAAGCCCCAGGGGCCACCCUUGGAGCUGCCUUCUGGGAGAGUCUCACCUGCUGCUGCCCAGCUUGCGGACGCCUUCUUUGGCAAGGGGCUGGGACCUUGGGACCCCCCAGACAACCUAACAGAAAUGCAGAAGCCAGAACAGAGCAACCUGGGCCCUGGGCAUCUGGAGCAGGUGAACGGGCAGGCAGUGCCCGAGCCACCCCAUCUCAGCAUUAAGCAGGAGCCUCGGGAAGAGCCUUGCGCCCUGGGGGCCCAGGCAGUGAAGAGGGAAGCCAAUGGGGAACCACUUGGGGCACCAAGUACCAGCAACCACCUCCUACUGGCGGGCCCCCGCUCAGAGGCCGGACACCUGCUCUUGCAGAAGCUUCUGCGGGCCAAGAAUGUACAGCUCGGCACUGGGCGAGGGCCAGAGGGGCUGCGAGCUGAAAUCAACGGGCACAUUGACAGCAAGCUGGCUGGGCUGGAGCAGAAACUACAGGGUACCCCCAGCAAUAAGGAGGAUGCCGCAGCAAGGAAGCCAUUGACCCCGAAGCCCAAGCGAGUACAGAAGGCAAGCGACAGGUUGGUGAGCUCCCGAAAGAAGCUGCGGAAGGAGGACGGGGUCAGGGCCAGCGAGGCCUUGCUGAAACAGCUGAAACAGGAGCUGUCCCUGCUGCCCCUAACGGAGCCUACCAUCACCGCCAAUUUUAGCCUCUUUGCCCCCUUUGGCAGUGGCUCUCGACUCAGUGGGCAGAGCCAGCUGAGGGGGGCCUUUGGGAGUGGGGCGCUGCCUACUGGCCCUGACUACUAUUCCCAGCUGCUUACCAAGAAUAACCUGAGUAACCCGCCGACACCACCCUCGUCGCUGCCCCCCACCCCACCCCCAUCGGUGCAGCAGAAGAUGGUGAAUGGAGUCACCCCAUCUGAAGAGCUGGGGGAGCACCCCAAGGAUGCCGCCUCUGCCCGAGACACUGAAGGGGCAUUGAAGGAUGUUUCCGAGGUGAAGAGUCUGGACUUGCUGGCCGCCUUGCCCACACCACCUCACAACCAGACCGAGGAUGUCAGGAUGGAGAGUGACGAGGACAGCGAUUCUCCUGACAGCAUAGUGCCAGCUUCAUCCCCUGAGAGCAUCCUAGGAGAGGAGGCGCCUCGUUUCCCUCAUCUGGGCUCUUGCCGAUGGGAGCAAGAUGACCGGGCCCUGUCCCCAGUCAUCCCCAUCAUUCCUCGGGCCAGCAUCCCAACCUUCCCAGAUGCCAAACCGUAUGGGACCCUGGACCUGGAGGCCCCUGGGAAACUGCCUGCCACAACCUGGGAGAAGGGCAAAGGAAGUGAGGUGUCGGUCAUGCUGACGGUCUCUGCUGCUGCAGCCAAGAACCUGAACGGUGUGAUGGUGGCAGUGGCGGAGCUGCUAAGCAUGAAGAUCCCCAACUCAUAUGAAGUGCUAUUCCCAGAAAGCCCUGCGCGGGCGAGCCUUGAGCCUAAAAGGGGGGGAGUUGAGGCUCCUGGUGGGAAAGAAAAAGGUCUGGGUGGCAAGAGCCCAGAAGCCGGCCCGGAUUGGCUAAAGCAGUUGGAUGCAGUGUUGCCGGGCUAUACCCUCAAGAGUCAGCUAGACAUCCUGAGCCUCCUGAAACAGGAGAGCCCCGUGCCAGAGCCACCCAGCCAGCACAGCUACACCUACAACGUCUCCAAUCUGGAUGUGCGACAGCUGUCAGCCCCACCUCCUGAAGAACCCUCCCCACCCCCUUCUCCCAUGGCCCCCUCUCCUGCCAGCCCCCUUGCAGAACCCCUGGCUGAACUCCCAGCCGAACCCUUGGCUGAGCCCCCUGUCCCCUCUCCUCUGCCACCGGCCUCGUCCCCAGAGUCUGCCCGGCCCAAGCCCCGAGCCCGGCCCCCAGAUGAAGGGGAGGAUUCCCGCCCUCCUCGCCUCAAAAAGUGGAAGGGGGUGCGCUGGAAGCGGCUGCGGCUGCUGCUGACCAUCCAGAAGGGCAGUGCAAGGCAGGAGGAUGAGCGGGAAGUGGCGGAGUUCAUGGAGCAGCUGGGCACUGCCCUGCGGCCCGACAAGGUGCCUCGAGACAUGCGGCGCUGCUGCUUCUGCCAUGAGGAGGGCGAUGGGGCCACUGAUGGGCCGGCCCGCUUGCUGAACCUGGACCUGGACCUCUGGGUGCACCUCAACUGUGCCCUGUGGUCCACUGAGGUGUACGAGACCCAAGGCGGGGCACUGAUGAACGUGGAGGUCGCCCUGCACCGGGGGCUGCUAACCAAGUGUUCCCUAUGCCAGCGCACUGGGGCCACCAGCAGCUGCAAUCGAAUGCGUUGCCCCAACGUCUAUCAUUUUGCUUGUGCCAUCCGCGCCAAGUGCAUGUUCUUCAAGGAUAAGACCAUGCUGUGUCCGAUGCAUAAGAUCAAGGGGCCCUGCGAGCAGGAGCUGAGCUCUUUCGCAGUCUUCCGGAGGGUCUACAUCGAGCGGGAUGAAGUGAAGCAGAUUGCCAGCAUCAUCCAGCGGGGAGAGCGGCUGCACAUGUUCCGUGUCGGGGGGCUUGUGUUCCAUGCCAUCGGACAGCUGCUGCCCCACCAGAUGGCUGACUUCCACAGUGCCACCGCUCUCUACCCUGUGGGCUACGAGGCCACGCGCGUCUACUGGAGCCUCCGCACCAACAACCGCCGCUGCUGCUACCGCUGCUCCAUCGGCGAGAACAACGGGCGGCCGGAGUUCAUCAUCAAAGUCAUGGAGCAGGGCCUGGAGGACCUGGUCUUCACCGAUGCCUCCCCCCAGGCGGUGUGGAAUCGCAUCAUCGAGCCCGUGGCUGCCAUGCGAAAAGAGGCUGACAUGCUGAGGCUCUUCCCAGAGUACCUGAAGGGCGAGGAGCUCUUCGGGCUGACGGUGCAUGCCGUGCUUCGCAUAGCUGAAUCACUGCCUGGGGUGGAGAGCUGUCAAAACUAUUUAUUCCGCUAUGGGCGCCACCCCCUGAUGGAGCUGCCACUCAUGAUCAAUCCCACUGGCUGUGCCCGAUCGGAGCCUAAAAUCCUCACACACUACAAACGGCCCCACACCCUGAACAGCACCAGCAUGUCCAAGGCCUACCAGAGCACCUUCACAGGCGAGAGCAGCACCCCAUACAGCAAGCAGUUCGUGCACUCCAAGUCAUCCCAAUACCGGCGCCUGCGUACCGAGUGGAAGAACAACGUCUACCUGGCUCGCUCCCGGAUCCAGGGCUUGGGGCUUUAUGCUGCCAAGGACCUAGAGAAGCACACAAUGGUCAUCGAGUACAUCGGCACCAUCAUCCGCAACGAGGUGGCCAACCGGCGGGAGAAAAUCUAUGAAGAGCAGAACCGAGGCAUCUACAUGUUCCGGAUAAACAAUGAGCACGUGAUUGAUGCGACCUUGACUGGAGGCCCGGCCAGGUACAUUAACCAUUCCUGUGCCCCUAAUUGUGUGGCCGAAGUUGUGACGUUUGACAAAGAGGACAAAAUCAUCAUCAUCUCCAGCCGGCGAAUCCCCAAAGGAGAGGAGCUGACCUAUGACUAUCAGUUUGACUUUGAGGACGAUCAGCACAAGAUCCCCUGUCACUGUGGAGCCUGGAAUUGUCGGAAAUGGAUGAACUAAGAAGCUUUGAGGCUACCAGGCAGGGGAGGCCCCCCAUCCCCCACCUCUUCCCUGAAAGGGACGAGGGGGAAGAGCGGUAGCAGCCAGAGCCAGGACCCAGGGCUGGGGCUGCUGGCUGACCGGAGCCCCUGGAGCAGGAGGCUGGGGCAGAGGGCCCUAGGCCAAGCCCACCCUGGGCACCAGGGACAACCCUCUUCCCCGCCACCAGCCCCUCGGCUGGCAUCUCUGCCCCCAGCUCCAGGAGGGGCCGGACAGAAGCAGCCACUGGGCAUCUCAGGUUUGAGGGGGAUACGGGCCGGGAACUACCCAGAAGCGUCUGGGAGGCAGCAGGGAGGGGGAGGAGGAUGUGUGGUUGGGCCUCACAGCCCUGCUGCUCCCACCGACCUCUCCGGCCCAACUCAUGGCUGCAAAGAGACUUGACUAAGCUUGACAAUCCCAAAGGCUGGGUCCCACACCUGGCCCUGCCUGCCGGGUCCUGCCCCCACCCUCACCCCUCUCCCCUUCCCUCUUGAUCUGUCUCUGUCUCCCUCUUCUCCUCUGUGUUUCCGUCUCUCUGUGGGUUGUGUUUCCUUGUUUUCCACUCUGACAAAUGCAACAUGAACGGGAAAGAGGUGCCCAGCUGCCCACGAGGGCAAGCCAGGCAAGCCGGGCAAGGAGACCCCGCACCCACACCUACCUCAUUUAAGUGUUGGAUUUUUUGCUGUUUUGAAAUGUGAGACCCUCUCCAAGCCCCCUACUGCCCCAACCCUCUCCCCCACCUCACUGCCCUCUUCUGAGUGGGUGGAAGGGCGGGUCAGAAGAGGAAGAAAAAAACAACAACAAAAAACUCAUCUUUGUUUUUAAUUCUGGGCAUGGGGUGGUGGCUGUGGCUGAGGAAGAGGAAGACUGGGGAUGGCUGGCCCCUGGUUGCUCUAGGACUUCCUUCUCCUUCUGCACAUGGGGGCAGGAGGGCUGUGCUAACCUAGGACCAGGUUGUCUCUCCCAUUAAUUCAGCCCCAUCAUGAGCCCAUUUGCCCUCUAACCCCUGGAUGGGGCGGGCGGGCGGGGCCAGGGUGAGGGCUGUCCCUGAGUGGCAUGCCCGUACCCAGUGAGGCAGGGUGUGGCCCGGAGCUCCCACCUUUCCCUCAGUCACCAAACUGCUGCUGGU